AGCAGCUGGAAGAGAGGAGUGAAACAGCCCAGCGGCCGCCAAGGUCAGUGCAGAAGGAGUGCAGGAGCUCCAGCUGCUGAAGCCAAAGUUCUCAACAGUCCAUGGAGAGGACCACGGAGGAGAAGGCUGUCCCCCAGCAGCCCGUGGAGGGUACUGUAGGGGAGCUGGCUGUCCCCCAGCAGCCCAUGGAGGGGACUGUGGGGGAGCAGGCUGUUCCUCCACAGCCCAUGGAGGGGACUGUGGGGGAGCAGGCUGUUCCUCCACAGCCCAUGGAGGGCACCGUGGGGGAGCAGGCUGUUCCUCUGCAGCCCAUGGAGGGAACUGUGGGGGAGCAGGGUGUUCCUCCACAGCCCAUGGAGGGGACUGUGGGGGAGCACACUGUUCUUCUGCAGCCCAUGGAGGGGACUGUGGGGGAGCAGGCUGUUCCUCUGCAGCCCAUGGAGGGGACUGUGGGGGAGCAGGCUGUUCUUCUGCAGCUCGGGAAGGACCGCAGCGGAGCAGAUCUCCACACUGCAGCCCAUGAAGGAACCCACAGUAGAACAGGUAGCAUCGCCAGUUCCUUUCAGUGCCAGUCAAUCCAUCAAGAUCACAUUUGCAACGAUGAUGGCGACAAGAGCGAAGACGGUCCCAGCCCCAAGCGACAACGCCUUUCCCAUUCAGUCUUCGACUACACGGCGGCAUCACCAGCCUCGUCACCACCAAUGCGACCAUGGGAUAUGACAUCAAAUAGGCAGCCUCCUUUGGCUCGGCCCAACCAACACCACUUCUCAGGGGAACGAUGCAACACACCUGCACGAAACAGAAGGAGUCCUCCUGUUCGACGUCAGAGAACUAGGAGAGAUCGUCUGUCUCGACAUAAUUCCAUUAGUCUAGAUGAAAACUAUCACCUUCUCUCCUAUGGACAGCAGCAAGCAAUAGAAGAGCCCCGAGCUUUUCGCCCACCGAAUGUAUCUCCUCGUAUAUUACGCCCAGCUGUUCACCCACCACAGCAGAAUGCAGUGAUGGUUGACAUUCAUGACCAGAUCCAUCAGGGAACAGUUCCUGUCUCCUACACAGUGACAACAAUGGCUCCACAUGGGAUACCACUUUGCACAGGCCAGCACAUCCCAGCCUGCAGCACACAGCAGGUCCCGGGGUGUUCAGUGGUUUUCAGUGGGCAGCACCUUCCAGUUUGCAGUGUGCCUCCUCCAAUGCUUCAAGCGUGCUCAGUUCAGCACCUUCCAGUACCAUAUGCAGCAUUUCCACCCCUUAUUUCUAGCGACCCAUUCCUUUUGCACCCUCCUCAUCUGUCUCCGCACCAUCCUCCUCACUUGCCUCCCCCAGGACAGUUUGUUCCUUUCCAAGCACAGCAGUCACGUUCGCCAUUUCAAAGGAUAGAAAAUGAAGUAGAACUACUUGGAGAACAUCUUCCUGUAGGAGGUUUUACAUAUCCUCCCUCAGCUCAUCCACCAACGUUGCCUCCCUCCACCCCUCUCCAGUUCUUAACUCAUGAUCCUUUACACCAGGAAGUGUCAUUUGGCGUUCCUUACCCACCGUUUAUGCCUCGAAGACUCACAGGGCGCAGCAGAUACAGAUCACAGCAGCCAAUACCUCCACACCCUUACCAUCCUAGUCUACUACCUUAUGUGCUAUCAAUGUUCCCAGUUCCACCUGCAGUUGGACGAGCUUUCAGCAUUGAGCUGGAUGUGGAAGAUGGAGAGGUAGAAAACUAUGAGGCCCUGCUGAAUUUGGCAGAACGCCUGGGAGAAGCCAAACCACGAGGACUGACGAAGGCAGACAUUGAACAACUCCCAUCCUAUAGGUUCAAUCCAAACAACCACCAGUCAGAACAGACACUGUGCGUGGUGUGCAUGUGUGAUUUUGAGUCAAGGCAGCUACUUAGAGUCUUACCCUGUAACCACGAGUUCCAUGCCAAGUGUGUUGAUAAAUGGCUUAAGGCAAAUCGUACCUGCCCAAUUUGCAGAGCUGAUGCUUCAGAAGUGCAUCGUGAUUAGAGUGACCAAUCUAAGAGCACAAAUCUGGUUUGGGUGUUCCUGGUCAUGUGUAUAUAUGAACUAUCUAUUGAACUUACCCAUGUGGCUUCCAGCCUUUUCCUUUACACAAAAGGGUCAGUGGACCUUACUUUGCACUGUGUGAACUUAAUCAAUUAUAAAGCUUAUAACUAGUCUUCACAUCUACGGGAUUGUUAUACUAACAGUGUGAUUGGAACUCCAAAGAUUUUUUUCUUUAGCUUAAUUUUGUGUGUGCACUAACAUUCCCUGGUUUUUGUGUGAUCAUUCUGAGUGUUGCUGCGAGAUUACUGUGGACGUGAUCUUUUAGCAUGUGCUUUUAUAAAAAAGAAAAAAGAAAAAAAAAAAAAAAGUGGUAGCUCCAAACAGUAUA